AAUGAUAUUCUUCCGAGGAUCUCUCUUACCUCUCGGCUUUCCCCAAAACGUGUAACCUUAACGAUUUCUUUGGGGGGCUUUCUAUGGGACGACGAUCGUCUUUUAUGAAGCACCACAGAUUAUUGUCGUCGUGGUGGUUAAACUGGCCCAGUCAAUACUUCUGGUCGCUCUCAUGGACUUCCGGCCUAGCGAGAACGAAGACGCCACGGAUCAGGUUAGCCAGAUCUUAAGCUUAUCAGAUGGACAUCGAUUAAUUCCUGAUACACCUUACGACCGAGUUUUGAGUCUUCCCGCAUUGAAUACUUCACUACCUAGCUCAGCCAGGCAAAUCUUCCAUCGUCGAAGUCAAAUUCCAGAGGAUCCACCAUCUAUUUUUCCAAGUUUUGCUGCAGGAAAUCACGGUGAUUCCGACUCGGAUUCCUUCAGAAUCGAGUCACAGAUCGAAAUAUCACGUGGCACGUCUAGAAGGUCAACCAUGGACCCAGACCCAACUAAACUCGAGCAGUUUUUAGAUGACGAUGAUGACGACGUUCAAGAAUCAAAUGGUAAUAACUCGUCGGAGAUAACUAUUGCGAUUGACGAAGUGGAGGAAAUCUCUUCCACAACAGAUAAUGAAGAAAAAGAUGUGAGUGACACGGAAGGGGCCAUAGUCAGUGCCAAGGACCAACGGACUGAUCACCCACUCCUCAAGAAGUCUCAUUUGUGGGAGUACGUUACCAAUGUAGCCUCGAGCCCUAUUGGCACUCAAAUCACUCAAGGUAUGCGUCUUCGCAAAAUAUCUGCCGUAAAUCCACACCCAAGACGAAAUUCGGAGGAUGGAGUUCCAAAAUCGUCCAAACAUAUCCACCAAAUGCGCAAAAAAGUGAGCGUCACCUCACAAGAUGGUAAAAAGAAAAGCAAUCAGCAAGAUCUUGCUCUCGCUAUUAUCGAAGGUAAUUUACCAAAGGUUGAAGAGAUUGUUGACGCCUACACCUCUCUCUAUGGAUCUAAUGGCUUUGACUUGAUUCUAAACUAUCGGUACAAUAUCAAUCCCAAGACGUUUUCCAUUGCGAUGGCUCAAGAUCAACCUGUCAGUGGCUCUAGUAUCUCCUUGGGCGAGCAAUUGGACAUGUUUCAAGGCCUCUCUUGUCUCCACAUUGCUUGUGCCUUUGAUCAGGAACAGAUUUUAGCCUAUUUCAUCCGAUACGGAUCGUCGGUCUUGAAACUGGUUACCCCCUCACAACAAUCGCUACUCCACACGUGUUGCUGGUUUGGUACUCUGGCUCCAUUGACCAUGGUUAUCCAAUAUGGUGGGAACGUUAACCUGGUAAAUGCACUUAGACACACUGCACUUCAUUUAGCCGUUCUCAAAGGCCAUCAUCCGUGCGUGAAGGCGCUCAUUAAAAGUGGAGCCUCAUUGGAGUGUCAAGAUGAGGGAGGAAAUACGCCAUUGCACGCCGCUGUUUUGGCGGGAAGUUAUGAUUGCGCUCAGGAGCUGAUUCAUUAUGACGUGGAUGUGAAUAAGACCAACUGCGACAACGGGACCCCCAUCCAUUAUGCAUCAAGUGUACCAUUGGUUACACUAUUAAUGAACAAUGGAGCCGACCCAAAUAUAUGCCUUUUCGAAGGGGACUCGAAAGGGAUGACCGUUUUCAACCUCUUGUUGGAGAAGAUGCCGGAGGGAUGCAACGAAAUCCUGUCAAAAUAUCUGACGUCCAACGGAAAAUCACUAGGUGCUAUCGAUCUGGAGGUCAAGUAUGAUUUCGAUUUAUUUUAUCAAGAGUAUCUACGCAAUCCUGAAGAGGGCGAGAUCGGGAUCUUGCGGAACGUGGCCCAAGCUGAUCAGAGAGAUAUCCUCAAGCACCCGGUGAAUGAGAGUUUUCUGCACAUGAAAUGGCUCCUCUUGAAGAACUACUUCCGAUUUUACGUGCUUGCCUACUGUCUGUUUCUAUUCACUUUCACGGCCUUGGUGUUCAUGCAAUUUUCACCGGUCAUGGCCUCCAUGGACCCUGAAUUUCGGUCCACGGCCUCAUUUGUGUGUCUCAUCAUUUCAUACGUGGCCGUGUGCAUCUUAAUCAUAAAGAAUAUGUACUUGUUGGUAUACAACUUCAGACUCUACGCUCAAACCCUACAGAACUUUGUGGAGGUGGUCAUGAUUGCACUCUGCGGGGUAUUUCUGGCCUUUUAUCACGCAAUGGGAGCGACUGAUGUGGCCGUUCACUUGUCAGCACUUUCGUUAUUCGCAUCUUGGUUCAAUUUCACUCUGCUCAUUGGGAAACUUCCAUUCGCCGGGAUCUACAUUAACAUGAUUGCUGGGAUCACCAAGGAUCUACUGAAGUUCUUAUUCUUGUACACAAGCACAAUAGUGGCCUUCGGUCUUUGCUUUCACAUCCUUGGCCACCACCACGAGCAUUUUGAGGAUCCCUUGAGUUCCAUUCUGUGCAUGUUGGCCAUGAUGGUCGGGGAAUUCAAUUUUGGCGACAUUUUCCUGAACUCGAAAAUCAGAUAUCCGAUCACGACUCAGAUCAUGUUUGUGCUCUUUCUACUGCUAGUCUCCAUCAUCAUUAUGAACCUCUUGGUCGGUUUAGCCAUCAGCAAUAUAACAGCUCAAUUCCAAUCGGCCGGUGUUUAUCGGCUGAAAAUGACUGUGCUCUUGAUUCAGAUGAUCGAAGAUGUGCUCUCACUUGUGUCAAAGAUUCUACCUUGUUGUUUCAAGGACAGCGGUCUGUUCAACCACUUACAAGCUAAGCAGAGGACCGAUGUCGAAGCACCUUCGAAACUACGAGAUACAUGUGUUUACAUUUAUCCUAAUCAAUCAAAGUCAACGAUUUACGUAUUGGACGGAAAAGGGCGGAAACGUCCAGUGGGAUUUGAUCUUCCCCCUUGGAUUCUGGCCAACACAUUCAAGAUUCUAGCCCGUGAACACGAGAGCACGGCAUCGUCCUUGCAAGCCACAUCCGAUCGGAGAAGGCAAGAUGACCGAUUGGUCCGAUUGACCCAAGAUGUCAAGCUCAUGAAGCGAGAGCUGUCCAUCAUAAGAGGGGAAAUUCAAUCGCUCGCCUCCUUAAUAAGGGGUGGAAGGAG